GGCGCUGUGGCUCCGCGGGGUGCCGCGGCGGUGCGCGGCCAUGCGCGGGUCCCGCGCGCUGCCCCUGCCGCUCCUGCCGCUCCUGCUGCUGGCGUCGCUGCCCGCCCUCAGCCCCGCGAUCGCGGCCCUGCGCUCCGGCGGCAGCAGGUCUGUGAGUCAAGUGUGUGUGGAAAAGUCACUGAUUUUCAGAAGUAAUACCCCUUAUUCUACAGACAUCGUUUCUGAUCCUGAUGGACAAGAUCCACUGUUCUGUGUACAGUUGGAUGACUCAAAGCUGAACUAUUUUCAACAGCCACAGGAUAUCAAAGAAUCUGAUUUUGCGGAGUUCUUAGAGAAGUAUGACAGACACUCUUUCUUAGCACCAUCACAAGUUCAGCCAUCAUUCUCUGCUUUUUACCGCGCUGGUGAUCCAAUCCUCAUCUACUUUGAUUCGUCAUCUGUAUUGAGCAUGCUUAGACAGCCAAUAAAAAUGGGAGCCAGUGGACUUUGUGUUGAUGGGAAUCCUGCUGGCUUCCUGGACAGUAAAAGCACAAGCUGUAUUCGGAUUUUUGCCAACUUGAGCAAGAGCUGCAUGACUGACCCUGCCCUAGAUGCUGCUUCCUACUACCGUGACUUCACUGUGCUAAAGGUCCCAAUUAAUGACACUGUUACGCCAUCCAUGAAGGUAAAUGUCACUGCAGUCUCACCACCUGGAGCUCCCCACAUGAAAGACAAUACAUGCAUCAAUGUUGUUUCUGAGGUGAUCUAUGAGAUAGAAUAUAGUGGCACAAGUGGGAUUCAGAGUGUUUCAGUCCAGUUCAAAGUCAGCAACAUCUCUGUGAACUCCAGAUCCUCUCUGCAGCAGCACUUCACCAUGCACUUCUGGACCAGGACUCUCUCUCAUGUGUUGCCUAGAAGCGGAAACCCUGGCUAUAUCACUGGAGCACCACUGUUGAUUGCAAGCAGUGGUGCCAAGCAACGUAUGAGCAUAUUAAGGAGUGAAAGUGAUGGAAGUUGUUCACAAUUCCUCAGGCACACAGUACAGUUUGGAAGGAAUAUGAGAACAGGCUGCAAAAUCAGCCUAUCCCCAAUAUUGGAAGACGGUAACUGUAGUUACAUACAGCAGAAGUUAUACAAGGCUUUUCAGGGGAUGAGCAGAACAGAAGACUUUGCUGUAACUGGCAGUGCUCAUUCAACCCAGGCAGAAGAGUGGAGGACCAUUCUAAUUGAGAACUGCAGUGUGGAGGCUGUGAAUUGCACUUCCUGUUGUAUGGUUCCUGUGACCCUGGAGAUACAGAUAUUGUGGACUAAAGUGGGCCUCCUGUCCAACCCACAAGCUCAAGUAGUGGGUACACGGCACUUUUACCACUGUCAGCCCCUCAAGUCUUUUGGGCAGCAGAAAUAUUUCAAGGCUUACACUUCUCUGUAAGGGCUUAGGGGAAGCAGCUGGCAUCCACCCAGGCAUCUUCAUGACUAUGAGGAAGGUAUCUGUCUGAUGUGUUAACACACUUUGAACUUCAGACCCAGUCUAAAUGAGAUUUUACACACUUGUUUGAAUGCAUCUCAUGGUACCAUUUUGUUCUCCCUUCUUGCAAAAUACAUGACGAGAAGAGGAUAGGAAGAUGUUAACCACAUAAAACUCAUAUUGCCCUGAGGCAAAGUGAUACUCCCACCCCAUGAAAAUAUUUUUAAAAUCACCUGUUACAUGGCUUCAUUAAUAAAUAAAUUAUUAAUAAAAUUAAUAGAAAAAUCUUCUGUCUGGGGAAGAAGAUUUGCAUUCCUAGUAAAAGUGUAGGGUGCAAAGCCCUCAGGAUUAGCUAAUCAAGAAGAAUGAGAUUCAGAUUUGAUUUGCUUGAGCAACUUAUGCUAAUUACUUUAGACCCUUAAGGUAUAUUGCAAGGCUAAUUAUAAGAAAGCAAGUUUCUGACAGCAAAAAAGCCCAUGUCAUUAAAAUCAGUACUGACUUCAUCAGUGACAUCACAAAUCCACAAAUUAGGAUUGUUAGUAAAGGAAAUUUUAGGAAAGGACCAACUUGCUCUAUAGUCAGCAGUUAUGAAGUCCAACUAUUUGCAAGCCCACUAGACUGCACAUUACUUUCAAAUUAUGUCACUUCCCAGCUUUAGCCUACAGAUUCUCUACCUGAGAACUAUCCUUUAGUUCCUUUAAUAUUCUUUAGAGAAACCUUUUUUUAUUUAUACAGCACUGUGUCACUGGAAAGUUCCCUAAGUAACUGACCAGAAAACAGAGAAUCCAGGAAAGACAUCCUGAUUUCAACACCCAUACACAAUAUCUGAUCACAGUUAUAUUUGGACUUGGUGAAAAUACAGGACGUUUUAAAAUGAUGUGGAGUUCUACAAGAGCAUGCUGGAAGUUGCUAAUGGUUGCCUUCUCCCAACUGUUUAGGAGGGAUUAUGUAUGGAGUUGUUUUCCCUGCACUAAUCUCUCUGAUUUUAAGGCAGUUUUUCAAGGUCCAGACACUUAAAUCAAUCAUCUUGAGGCUUCUUGUUGACUAGGGCAACUUGGCCUAUUUUUGAGUGUGUUUACUCAUUGAUAGGAGAACUUGUAUCAGAAUUGUUUGGAAAAUUCUAUUUGUAACUGCUCAGCAGUGGUGAAUUGUGAUCAAGGACUGAUCUGGCAUGGAGGGCAAGAAGGUGGUAAACUGGCUGGAAGGAGGAACAUUAGGACACUUUGCAAGUGAGUGAAGUUUCCAGGUGAUGACAGAAGAAAUAGCCUCAGCAUUUUCUUGUAGCCAUUCUGGAAUGGGAACUGCUCAGGGGCCACCUUUGGGCAGCAGAGCAGGCCUGGGGAAUGCACCCAUGGCAGGCUGAAGGGCCGCAUGCUGAUGCUCUCACGACUGGUGCUGCAGAUGCAAAGGUGCACAAGGAAUCUGCUCAUGAUGCCUCUUUGCACACUCCUGUAGAACCAAGACUGUACUCAAUGCGUUGUUCAUCUUGUUUGGUUGUUUUUUUUUGUUUUUAAUUUAGGCACAGACUUAUUUUUUAAUUCACCUUGAGGAUGCCACAAAAAUUCCCCAAUAGGAGUCACAAUAUUUUUUGCUUAAGAGUCAUGAACUCUAUGAUGCAAAUUUUUUGAGUGCUUCCUACAGAAUUUUGCUCUGAAGGCAAUCUUUGAAAUUCUUCUCAGGGAAGUGAUUGAGGUGUUAAUUUCACAGGUUGGCAUAAACCAGUGCAAGCACAGAAGGUGUGCUGCCAGUAAAUGCCCUCUCAGUGUUAGCAUGCAGAGCUAGGAAGUGGGGCAGAGAGUGAGGUUGCUCUUUUGGCAGCAGCAUGGUCUUAAAUCAGCCCAAGGUAGCCAUGAAACUCCAUGCAGUUCAAAGAGCUAGUGUAUGCGUUUUCUUGCUGCAUUCCGUUAAAACAGAAAAGAACUGAGGCCUUAGAGGUUCAGUCCCCUGUGUGAUCUUCACUGAUCUGUCUCCUUCCUGAAACAACAUCCUAAAAUGUGAGCAAUAAAUUUAUGUUGUAUUGGGUCCCUGCUUUAGUUUACUGACAUUUAUUGAUAGGAUUGCAUCUUGUGGCAGUUCUUUCUGGUAGCAAGCACUUGCCCAAGGAGCCAGCUGAUCUUUUAUAAAAAAUAAAGCUAGCUUGUAUCUGUUCUUAUUACUAAGCAUUUGGUAUGUCUUUCCUCUGAGUAGAAGGCUUACUGUAGCCGAGCUUAAGUCACUGCUGCCAUUUUGGAGAUCUCUAGCAUACGAUACACAGUAGCUAAAGGUGAUCUUUACUACACCCACAAUUUACCUGCUAAAUAUCAAUUUUGGGAAAGAGGUCUUACUCCUAGGACACUGAACUCUUACCAUCCCAAAGAUGCUUGCCAUGCUUGCCAGUCAUCUACAUUAAAAAAUUGGGGAUGGGUAUGCUUUUUGUAUUAAGACUGCUAAACUCCUUUUGCUUCCCUUCUU